AUGCUGCGCAGGAUCCCCAUCGAAGCGCUCUCGCACGCAGGCCCCGAGGAGCAGGAGCUGAGGUGCAAGCUGCUGCGCGGAGCCACCAUCGUCUUCUUCUCGGCCGGCUAUGCCAGGAAGAAGUUCAUCUACCGCAAAGCCGCCAAAAUGGGCGUCAAGGCAGUCAUCAUCGACACACCUGACUCGUGGGCGAAGUCGCUUGUCGAGGAGCAGGUUAUCGCGAAGUUCAUCCCCGUGGACAUGGGGAUGGACGCUGAGUCGGUGUUCAACAGCGCACUCGCCGCCAUCAAGGAGCUCAGCGCGGACGAAGCGACGGGUCCAGCGGACGGCAUCUGCACGUUCUGGGAGCUGAGUGUGCCGAUGGCGUCUCGUCUGGCCGAGGCAACUGGGCUUCCCGGCCCCAAGCCCGAGGCGGUGGACAUCGCGCGCGACAAACACCUCACCCGGAAAGUCAUGGCGGACGCCGGGCUGCCCUCCAUCGCCAACAUGCUCAUCGAGAACGAAUCUCAACUCGAGGAGGCUGCGCGAAAGGUCGGCUUUCCGUCUGUGCUGAAGCCUGUGGGCGGCUGCAGUUCGUUGGGCGUGCAGAAGGUGAACAACGAGGCAGAGUUGCUGUCGGUGUACCGCGAAGUCGUAUCGGUAAUGCGCGGGCUGGUGGUUUCGCAGGGCACUUUUGAUGUUGUGCGCGCGAGUGCCGCUCCCGACGGCGUCGAUCUUGGCAAAGUGAUUGACGCGACGGUGAUGUUGGAGGAGUACUUGGAUGGCGACGAGGUGGACAUCGACAUCGUCAUGAGCAACGGGGAGGCGCGAUACGUCACCGUGUCGGACAACUGGCCGACUCACGAACCCUACUUCAGCGAAGCGUCGGGCUGUAUGCCGUCGCUGCUGCCUCGUGAAAAGGUUGAGGACUUGCGCAAAAUGGCCGAAGACUCCGUCAAAGCUAUCGGCUUCGAGAACGGCAUCUUCCACGUUGAGGGCAAGUACACGUCGAGAGGGCCGCGGCUCAUCGAGGUGAAUGCGCGGAUGGGCGGCGGGCCUGUCCGCAAAAUGCAUAAGCACACUUUCGGCGUCGACCUGGUGGUGGAGCAACUGCUCAUCGCUGUCGGAAUUCCCUGCAAUCCAUGCGCCGCAGACGUGCCCAAAAAGGCCGUCGCCUACGCCUGCUGCAAUGCGCCGCGCGGGGGCUGCAUCCCCGACCGACAGAUCUUCGAGGCGUUCAAGCAGAGAGAAGGCAUCUUGUAUGUGGCGCCGAAUAUCAAGCCGGGCGACCGCGUGUUCGGGCCUGAAGAAGGCAUGCCUACGUCGAUAGCUGAAAUCUUGGUGGAGAGCGAUGACGGUGCUGCGGCAGCGAGAGAUUUUGCGUUGGCGGUGGAGCAGCAAGUGAUUGACGCUUAUUUGAACGUGGUGAAACCCUAUCAUGGUUGA